AUGUCUCAUAUCAAACCAACGAAACGUAAAAUUGACCAAGAAAGACGGGCUUUUCAAGAAAAACGGGGCCAUACAUACUUUUAUACUAAUUCUUAUUCUCUUCCAAUAUGUUUGAUUUGUAAACAAAGUGGAUCUGUCAUGAAGGAGUAUAACAUUAAAAGACAUUAUGACGCAAAUCAUG